AUGGCAUCAUAUAACGUGGAUAAACUCAAUGCUGAAGUGAAAAAACGUUAUAAAGGUAAACUGGAGAUGAUUGGAAUGAUAAAGUGUCCCUAUAUGUUGCCUGGUGAUGUUUGGGCGAAUGAUCCAACAAAAUGGCCAGCUCUUGAAUAUCCUGAAGUAUACUCAUACCUUAUAGAAACUCCUGGCGUAUUCACCAAAGAAGCAAUGAAUAAUCGCAAAAGUUUAGAAGCCCAUAAUCAAUUUAGAAGUGGAUGGGUACGUACAAUUUUUCAUUAUGACAUCCCUGCGACAAAGUUUGUUAUUAUGAAAGCAAAUGUUAACCCAUCUCAGCGUUUGAAUGAGCCAUAA